AUGGGAAGCUUCCAUAGCAAAAUCCUGCCAUCUGCGGAUAACGUUCCCAUUGCGGACCAGUGCGUGGAACUUUCUACCGAUCCGCGUUCACCGACGCUUAAUAUCAACAGAAGCCCCAUUAACUCAGAGGUAAGGACCGUUAUAUCCUGUGCGGCUCUAACGAAGGUGAAAGAUCUGACCACGGUUCUGACGGAUCAUGGCGUGCUACAAACGCCCAACAAUUUGUUACCGAAGCGCUUCCAGUCAAUCAUUGAUCCCCGGUCACCGAGUACCUUCGAUCGAACGCCACUGGUGGUGGAUACGGACUCGGGGAUUACGGAUUGUAGCCUCACGAAUGUGGUUUCCUCGCUACAGUUCGAUGAGACCAGUUUGGUCGCUCCGGAAGACACCGGCGAUGCAUCGUUCAAAGACUGCGAUUCGGAUAUGUUGCCCAACUUUUGCAAUUUGCAGAUCGAAUACGAUGACAAGGUACCGAUACUGGAAGAUCGCAACGAGGUGACAGUUUUCGAGGACGCUGAGAUCACACCGUACGCAGGUAACGAUCCUCGCUCUCCCUGCAUUGCCAUCGCACGUACCCCGAUGGUGCUGGGGAAGGAGGGCGGGGGAAGUGCACAGGAAGCCCAGGUAAAAAGCGGAGAUCUGAGCGAAGAGGAAAUGAAAAGAGUUGUGGAAAAUCAGCAGCGCACACCGAAGCACCACCCGAUACAGGACAGCAGCCGCAGUCAGGGGGAUCAAACGCCUAAAAAGGAUAAACUGAGUGCCGCAAAGGCUGGUGGUGGUGCACGCACACCACUCGGGUGUAUGACGAAUACCGGGGCGGGAACAAACAUCCGGAAGCUGGCCCUAAUCGGUCACAUGAAGCAAAGCAUUGCUACCGAUGAACAAAAACUAAUCACCCGCAGUCCGAACGUUGGCAGCGCAGAAACAAUGGCGGGUGCGAAACACAUCAGUCGCUCGCGGAUUCCCAAGCUGCGUCUAUCGUAA